GCGUCAGUCGGCUGAACGGAUAGUCGGUCAGUCAGCGAAGGAACACGAGAAACGAUAUUGCGUUGCUAAAUAUAAUAUAGUAAGGCACGCGGUUUCACUACCUACGGAUAUAACGGGCAGUAUAAUGGCGAUAGCAAUGAUAAUCGUUUGAGACAUUCACAUUGAACUCGUCGCCUUUAUCAACGAUAAUCAUUCAUACGAAUGUUAUUAUUGUGUCUCUUGUGAAAAGACUAUGAAAAACGAGCUCGUAGAGUUGUGGGAUUAUUUUUGAAGCUUCUUCGCCAGGCUCAAUCGAUCGCGUAACAUACAACAUAACAGUCAUAUAACAUCUACCAAAACGUAGAUAUGAGUGUCCAGAAGUCUGAAGAUCUCUUAACAGUAGUUAUAUCAACUGAACUUUCACCGUCUCCGAAUUCACAAGAAUUAUUUAUAAAUCAAGAGCAACAGGAUGAAGAAGCAUCUGAUUGUCCUUUAUUAACACCUAGUCCACCACCUAUCCAAACGGAUAAAACUCCACAGUUGACGCCAAUAUUCAAUGUUCUGGAAGGUGCUUCUUUAGAGAUGAUAUCCACACCAACGCUUGAGAAUAUUAAUACGGAAGAUGGACUUAACUUCAUGAAUAUAGUGAAUAGUUCGAGUAAACCUUUAAAUGAUGAACCGAGUUCACGUGAUCCCAUGGUGGAAUCCACUAGCAGCGGUAGCAGUAGUGAUACAAACGAACCCGUUUGCGCACAAUUGUUAACACAAUUAAAUACUGCCUAUCAACAUCUUGCACCGGAUGCUCAAGCUUUAUUUUACAACCAGGACAACGGUGGUAAGCCACCACUCGUUGGGAUUCAAUUGGUGGUGCCGAAGCCGCCCAAAGACUAUCAUUUUAUGAAAUGGAAUUGGUCGCUGAUACGGAAGACAUGCUAUUGGACACUGAUGUCGAUAUUGAUUGGAUGCACUGCUCUUGUUGUUGGCAUAAUUGCUACAAUGCCUAAGAAAUGUGAUCCUCCGGUGGAAUGGUGGCAAGGCAGCACUUUCUAUGAGAUAUUCCCGGCGUCCUUUCAGGAUACUGCAUCAUUCAGAACAACCAAAGGAGUUGGAAUCGGCGAUUUGCGUGGAAUAAUUAUGCGGCUAGAUUAUUUAAAAGAACUUGGAGUGCGAACUAUUCGAUUGAAUUCAAUAUUUCCAGCGUUAGAUUAUCCAGAAUAUUACUCAAAAAUCAGUAAUAUAACAGACGUGAAUGAAAACCUGGGAACACUAGAAGAUUUUUCUGCUCUUGUGCGCGAGAUUCAAAAGCGAAACAUGAGUAUAGUUUUGGAUUUACCUUUAUAUCCGUUUGUAAAGAGCUUGAGCAAUCAAGCGACGCCUAUAGCGAAAGUAAAUGGCACUGAAUUGAUUCGAGAUAGGCGAGAUGCCGCAAAGAAUCGAAUAAUAAUUCCCCAACUAUCAAUACUGUCUUCAUCAGUCGAAACUAUUCGUGAUGUCUUAUCAUUCAGACCAUCAUCUUUAAAAAAGGCGAGAAGAGAAAUAUCCUCAUCGAAUCAUUCAAAUCAACAAAAAGAUCCCAUUAGUGAGGCUAUCAAAUUUUGGCAGUUGAAAGGAGUGAACGGUUUCUAUCUACAGGGAUUGGAACAUUAUGUUAAUGAAGACACAUUCGUGAGCAGUCUCAUAUAUUGGAAGUCUCUUCUAUAUCCAAACAAUAUUUUUAUUUGUCAUAUGAAAGUCCUAAAGAAUAUUUCCAUAGCUACAAGGAAUUCCAUCCUAUCCAGAAUAAAUUUACUUGAUGUGACUCUUCAUUUAACGAAUAGUACAAAAGAUAUUAAGUCACAAAUAGAACAAGUCACGAAGGGUAUAGUCUUCGACAAACCUGCUUAUCCAUGGAUACAUUGGUCUGUAGGCGGUGUAGACACUAGUAGAGUAGCUUCUACUAUAAAUGUCAAGAAUGCUAGCGUGGCAGCUUCUCUUCUUAGCAUGAUGCUACCUGGAACACCUAGUAUAUUUUAUGGAGAUGAGAUAGGAAUCGAAGAUUGUGAAUGUCAGGAUCACAAAGAUUUGGUGCACGUGCAUAAUUUAGUUCCUAUGUAUUGGGAAAAGAAGGAUAGUCCUGGUAGCAGUUUUUCAUUCUCAGAAAUCCCUACCUGGUUGCCAGAAGCUGGAAAACCUAUGGAAACUAGUUUGACAGGCACUAUUAAAGAAAUGACAAGAUUAAGAGCGGAAACUACACCAAUUUAUGUUAAAUCAGUAUUAAGAGAAGGUCAAAUUAAGGCGAAUUGUGAUAUUAGAUAUGUUGAAGAUGAAAUGAUCGUGAUUGAGCGAUGGUAUCCACGAAGAAAUUCCUAUGUAUUUGUCGCAAAUUUUGGUAACGAGACGCGCAUGAAGGACUUAUCAUUUCUCUAUUAUGGUGGCCAUGUUGUGGUAGGACCAGCUUACAGACUAAGUCGAGAUGUGUACUUUAAAGAACUUAUUGUCCCACCUGGAGAAGCAUUUGUUAUAAAAUUGGAUAAAUGAGAAAAUGUGUUUUAAUUAAGAAAUACUGUUUACUAAUG